AUGAACUUCCAACCGCUCCUACAGGCCACCAAGCUUAAGGCAGUGAGGUCAGGUGUCAUGCUUUAAGUGGUUCAGAGGGUCGCAGAGUGUUUUCUGUGCCUCUGGACAUGGAGUACCUGGCUGUCACAAAGGAAAAGUCUGCUCAUAGACAGGUACGACAUUUUGACCCCUGUGAUGUAGACCUCCCACAGAAACAGCUGCAAAACAUUCUAACCACACAUACUGAUUGAAUCAAAGGUUAUUCAGCAGCUAAGGGAGUGGUGGAGCAAACCUUCAUAGAAGACAUAUGGAGCAGAAUCGCAACCUUCACAGAGGCUUUACCCCUGUGAAAAUAUCCUUGAUAUAUAUGUCCUGAAUAUAAACCGUUUUGCUGUGUGUGGUGAAAUCCCUUUGUCUCCUCUUCUUCGUGUCUGUGGUUUUCAGUGGCCCAUAUGCUUACGUCAGGUUGGUUUUGAUACUGAGAAAACCCCCAACCAGCAGUACUAAUCCCCCCCCAGGGCCAGAGGAGGCCCCACAGUCACAGACCUGCCUAGGCAUGCACCUGCCAAGCAAUUUCUGCUCCUCUGUCUACUCCCCUAGAGCGGAUUCCCCCGGCAUUCUGCCUCUCUCUGCCCAGGCCAUGCUGCUUCUGUGCUCCUCUCCCACUCGGUUGAGACACGUCGCUCAUGGCGAGAAGCGAGGCGAAGCAGACAGGCUCAGCGUGAUAUACGCACAACGCUCUGUGUGUGUGUGUGUGUUUGUGUGUGUGUGUGUGUGUGUGUGUGUGUGUGUGUGUACGAUACGCCUGGCACCCACAGGCAUUCCCCUCAGGUCUAAGACUCUCAUUAGCACCUAGCCAAAGACACCCCUUGCUUUCAUCUCGUCAGUCCAUUACAGACCAAGUGAGGCACAUCCUUUACAAACAAAAUAGAAGAGGAUGCAGAGCCUCAGCAUGUAGCCUAAACACGCUAAGUCCACAAGAAAGCCCCGUGCGGUUAGGUAAUUUACCUCAUCAGACAUCCACACGUCGCCUUCGAAACUGGUGCGUCAGCAGCAAACGUACCAGAGGGAGGCGGGGUGAGCCGAUUGGCUAUCGCAGUGCCAGGGAUGGGCUCCACCAAGGCAGGCAGCUCCGUGCAGGGGCAUCCACUCAGGUCCGCCCCAUGGCAGGUUGGGAGAUUAAUGGGCAGUAGCACAGCUGGCAGACUGUGUAAUUACGCAAUUUAAUCACUCAGUCACUCCAGACAGAGUGAAGUUAGCAACACUUGAACUCAGUGGCAUUUCUGGGAUUGGCAGAUGAGUUUAUACGGUCUUCCGUCAUGCCUGAGUAAACACGGCUUUAGAUUAAUGGAUAACAGAAAAAGAUGGAUAGAUCAAAAAUGAUCACUCUCAAAUUACCAGCACAUAAGUCAGAGGUCUAUUUUCAUGCAAGGGAACAUGAAAUGUUGGGAUCUAUUUAUUCAGUUGAUCUCAUUGGGAUAUUUUUAUUGGGCCGACAGAUAUUUAUGAAUACGAACACAUAUUUCAAGUGUGUGUUUAAAAUAACAAAACUCAGCAUUGAAAUUAGUUAGCGGUCUGACGCCUGGGUGAAUGCAGUUGAAAUGACUAGCUGAUUUGAAACUUUUGAGAUAGGACUGCUCGCUGUAAUAUACCUUGAACUAGUCACUUGUCUUCCCUCCAUCUAUAUUUAGUCCAGAAAUUGCAUGAUCUUUCUGAACAUUAUUGGUCAGUUAGUACAAGAUGAACAUGUGGCAGGCCAGGCAGUGAUGGCUGUUGACAGUCUUGCAUGUUCCAUCAGCUUAGCUGCAGUACUAGCCAAGCCAUUCAGCCUGCUGUCUCAGUGCGUAAGCCCCAUUGGCAAGCAGUGAUACCUGGGAGCCUGCUGUAACAAUGCUCACCUGUAUUCCAAAGGAGAUCAAAAAGCAAAAGUGGGAGGAAGGAGGUGGUAGGAGGGGGGGGGCUGGGAAGCAAAGCGUACAUGAGCUGUGAACUUUUUCCUCUGACUUCAAUGGCUUGGCUUUUGUGUCGGGGUGGGUUGCAGCAGUGCGCUCAUCUGUCAGAGUCAGUGGCUGCCGUGAUAGAGUUGCGCCCCGCGGCGGGCAUGAGGUCUUCCCGAGUGGCGCUCUGAUUUGAUCAGCGUUGAUUGUUCCCCAUGAUCCUCUCUCUCUCUCUCUCUCUCUCUCUCUCUCUCUCUCUCCUCUCUCUCUCUCCUCUCUCUCUCUCUCUCUCUCUCUCUCUCUCUCUCUCUCUCUCUCUCUCUCUCUCUCUCUCUCUCUCUCUCUCUCUCUCUUUCUCUCUCUCUCUCUCUCUCAGUCUCUCCCACACGUCCUCUCUCACACUCUAAAAUGUCUGUGUAUGCUGAUGAAAAAAACAGUACAGUACAAUAUCAUAAAACAGAUAAGGAUCAUGAAUGCUCUGUCUCUUGAGAGAAGCUACUGCUAAAUUAUAGUACUGUCAAUUUAGCUUACAGGACUUAAUAUCUGCAGCAAUGCGUUGUGGUGCAUGGUCGAUUGCGCCACAUCGCAUAGGUAGGUAAGGGCAUGGUUGUGUGUUUAUGAAAGUUGCAUACACUCGCAAAUAAAUAAACAAUAAAACCUAAAAAUCACAUAACUACUUUAUGGCAAACAUAGCAUCUUCUGGAAGGUGCAGUUUUGUUUGAGCCUGUCGUCACAGUAAGCAUGUUAAAACAUGGACGUAGAAAACAUCACCUUUUCCUCUCCUUCCCUUAUCUAAGGAGAAAAAGCAGGCAAUUAAAGUUAAUUACCUCGAUGAAACUAUAAUGGUUUCUGGCAUCCCUGGCUGAUCUGGGCUGUCUCGUUGUUGUGAUUAAUCCAUGUUUAAGCACAUCUAUGCCAGCCCACUGGUGAGGCACAGGGAGUUUCAGGAAUACCAUAUGUCCGAUACAACACAUGGUACCCACUGAACUGCAUACACACACACACACACACACACAUCACAUAUCAUCAAUAGGAAAGCCACAAAUUAGGCUAAUAACAGAGAAUUGAGCAUGUGUGUUGUUUGUGUUUGUCUUAUCCAGAGGAGAAACUAACAGACAGGUUAGCGUGUGUUAUCUUUCGGGUCAUCAGGAUCUGUGGGGGCUAACAAGAGGGAGCACUUUGUCAAUACUAAAAGGUAAUAUCCCUUUCCUGAAGAGGGGCUAUUAGCUUCUGUAUCUGCAACUGCAACUGCAUUAAGCACUCAUGAAGUCAAUAAAACACUCACCAAGUCAACCCAACCACCACAGAAAAACAAUAAUCAACCCUACCUACUGCAAAACCAAGUCUGAGCACAGAAUACAUUAGAACCAAUGGGACAAAAAGUUGCAUUUUGUAUAUCGAGAGGCAAUCCUCUUUCUUUCUUUGAACAAUAUGCCACUGUGGAGGGCUGCCCUGGCAUAUAUAACCCUCCCUGCCAUCGAGGCAGUGAGUUGAGGGAGUGUCCUCUAUACUCAAUGGCAGCAGAUCCUAUAGAUGGCUUCUCCUGAGAGACUGUGUAGGGUAGGUGCUAGGCAGUAAUAUACUGUAGGUCUGGAUGGGCUGGUACAUGAUACACUCCCUUCCUCCCUCCCUCCCUCUCCCUGUGUUGCAGGUCCCUAGCCUUGGGGCAGCAGUACUCGUCUCUGGGCUCCCAACCCAUCCUGUGUGGCUCUAUCCCUGGCCUGGUGCCCAAGCAGCUGCGCUUCUGUCGCAACUACAUCGAGAUCAUGCCCAGUGUGGCCGAGGGCGUGAAGCUGGGCAUCCAAGAGUGCCAGCACCAGUUUAGGGGGCGCCGCUGGAACUGCACCACCAUCAAGGACAACCUGGCCAUCUUCGGGCCUGUGCUGGACAAAGGUAGGCAUCUAACUGUAACAGGACUGUUUGUUUAAAGAAUACAAAUAUACUCCUUCCUCUAUACUGCCAAUGAGGUAUUCGUAUGAGGGAUGUAACUGAUAUAUCUUUGGGAUAUAUGAAUUACAGCCAAGUAUCAUAUAAAACAUACAAAAAAUGAAUUGCUGUACAACAACCAUGAAAUUCGACUCCUUAGUCAAAUGUGAGAUAAUCUGACUUCAGCAGGGGAUUGCAGGUUCUAUGAGGAAACUACUUUUUCUCAUAGCAGUGAUAAAAACAUUAAAGGACAUAUCAGUGAGAAAAUGGGAAAUGCACCCAUUUUGUGUAAACAAAUGUGAGGUAAACUGACAUCAGGAUAGAAUAACCUGUUGCUCUGCUGCUGAGCACUGCCUGUUCCCUGUGCUCCUACUGACAAAUGAUAUACACCUUUCCUUACUGCAGUGAGAAAUGAGCGCCGGUACCAGCACUGACAGAUUAUUCAAUGUCCAUCCAUCUCUCUACCUUCAACAUCACAUUUGUCUUUUGAGUCUGUGUGUCUUCUUCUGGGCUUCCCAACCUUGUUGAUGUUGUCAGACAUGAAAGAAGGUUAGUUAGUAUUGUAAAUCUCUCAAGAUUAGUUCACACAAUUACAGUUGAUACACAGUUGUUACAGUUAAUACAUUGGAGAUCAUCUACCAGGCUUUUUACACUGAAUACUAAUCAUCAACGGUCUUAAAACUGACUGGGUGCUUUAAACAAUCUGAUACAAAAACACAGAACGCACUAAGAAAACAGAACACGGGGUGCUCGGAGUAGGCAUUUAAAUCCCUAAUGAUAAAGAUGGGUCUUUGUGUUGCGGAGUGAGGCUGCUGAUUGGAUAUUAAUUAGUCUGCGUGUCAGAGGGGAAGGGAUCUGGGGAGGAAUGGGGCAGUGUGAACCUCCCUCGGUCUCCUAAAAAUAAAUAAAAAAAGGGAGCGGGGAGGCCAAAUGAGAUUACAUGCAAUAGAAAGGGUCUGGGGGGCUCAGCUCAACCCCUACUGUGCCUGAAGACCAGUGCGCGCCUCACACAGCCCGGAUCCCACGGACGCCCCAUUCACACGCCCUUUUGACUCUGUCAUGAAAACAGGCUGAAAGGGAAUCUCCCAACCUAACCCAGGCAUGUUGGGGUGAGGUGGAAGGAAGGCAGGGGGUGCUGGCGAAGGAGGGGGGCAGCCUGAGUCGGGAGUGACGGCAUGGGGUUGGCGAGGGAGGAGGUCCCAGACCAGGGUGGCUAUACCAGUCCACCACCACCUUACCCACUAUGGUGUUUAUGGGGGUGGUGGUGGCUACAGGCGGAAAAUGGGGGGUUGAGGGUGCAUAGUGGCGGUGGUGGUAAUGGAGGAUGGGGUUUCAGGGUGGUGGCGGAGAGAGGGUGUUGGAGGGAUGGGAGUUUAGGGAUUGCCAACUCUGGGCAGAGCGGGGCUGCAGGGGCGCGAGUCGCUGGGCCCUUUGUGUGGGUAAUCUAGUGUGACACAAGGGAAACAAAGGCGGAUUGAUGGGCCCAGUAGGUAGCAGGAGCAGCGCAGCCUUGGCUGACAGCCAGAGUUCCAGGGGCCCACAGCUCACAGGCCCCCGUUGUGGAGAGCCCAGCAGGGCUUGCCAGGGCUAGCUGGGACUCCCGCUCGCCUCCCUACCAGAGGUGUGUGCGAUCCAGGUUUUAGCACAAAAAUGAUGCUUUAUAGCGGUUUACCUAGAAUGAAGCACACUGGAAAACAUUUUUGAGACAAUUUCUUUAAUCAUGGUUUUGUGACCAUAUAUUUACAAGAUGUAUUAUCUGAUUGGAUAUUGUGUGAGACAUGUUGUCAUGUAGAUAACAGGGGUGAUGUUUAGUGGUAGUCUAGUGACUGUAUUACAUUUCCACUUCCCAGGAUUUCCCAUCAGCCAUAUGACCGCUCACCCUAUUAUGAAUUAUGACUCUAUUCAGCCAUUCACAUAAAGGUUUCACUCAAACAAAGGCUGUGUAUUAUAAAUGCAAAAAACAACAUCAACAGGAUAUCGUCAUGAAAGGUUGAGCGCUAAUUAACUUUAAAUGUCCCCUAGCAACCCAAACUACAACUUUUUCAAGUAUGUUUCUCUCUGUUUAAUGCAAAUGAACACUACAAAGACUUGUAGAUCGACUUACACUGUAGAAUAACUAACUUCCCUGCAGGUGUUUAGUAGAGAACACUACUAACUGCAGUCCGUUUUAGAGGGGCUAGGCCUCCCUAGAUACUUUAACAGUGGAUCUAUUGCAGAGUGGGGCCUCCCCAUACCCUCCGUGUGUGUGUCCCUGCCUGUGUGUGUGCAGUGUGAGGUGGUGCAGCAGAGAAAUGGGUAAGCCUUCAGCCCACAAUAAGUGUGCUGCGAUUGUGAAACAAUGGUGUCUGGUUACAUAAUAAGUUGUUGCAUUCAAAGGAGGCGUAACUCCAUCUCUCAGCACAAACACGCAGCGGAGCAGAGCAGACGCACUGCUCAGUUUCUACCCAGAGGCCCUGUGGGUUCUGACAGGGGGAGGAGGAGGAGAUGGGGGGGACGACAUUCCUGAAACACUUUCCAAUGCAAAACAGCACACCUCAGGGAUGACAGAAGGUCAGUGAGAUCACACUGAGCAUUAGGCCAUACUGACACCAGCCACAAUUUGGUGAUGCCACAGCUAGGGGACAUGAAGCCAUCUCUACGACGCUUUCCAAAAUCUGUAGAACAUGCCACCUCCCCAAAAAAUUAUUGAUCACUGAUUUAUCGUUACCCAAAAAAUGGAUCAAUUCAUCGCAAUAUGGAUUUUUGUCCAUAUCGCCUCGCUCUAUGGUAGUGAAUGAUCAAUAUUGAGAAGAUGUUGAGUUGAUGAGAGUGAAGAGAAUUUCACCCGGUGUUUUCUACACAGAUCAGAGCCCAAUGUUUUAAAUCCUCUCAAGGACUUUUCUCUGAAAAAACAUUCUUGCAGUACAUUGUGUGUCAACCAAGUAUUUAUUGCUAUGAUGUAUGAAUACCUGCUUGAAGGUGAAAAGCUGUGUUAAUAUUUUUGUGCCCAAGGGUGUCAUUUUCAUUACCCCUGAUGUAUGGAAGUUGGCAGCAAUGAAGAUUACAGAAACUGUUUGGUUAAGAAGAUGGUACUAAAGAUUCAUUGAUUGAAUUUACUUUUUCCUUCUUCUCUCUAGCGACCAGAGAGUCGGCGUUCGUCCACGCCAUCGCCUCUGCGGGUGUGGCGUUUGCUGUGACGCGGUCCUGUGCUGAGGGCACGUCCACCAUGUGUGGCUGUGACUCCCACCACAAGGGUCCACCAGGGGAGGGCUGGAAGUGGGGCGGCUGCAGCGAGGACGCUGAGUUUGGGGUGCUGGUGUCCAGAGAGUUUGCCGAUGCCAGAGAGAACCGUCCCGACGCACGCUCUGCUAUGAACCGACACAACAACGAAGCAGGACGCACGGUAAAUAUGCCUACACUGAGGAUUUACUGUACAACUAGAAUGGAUAUAUUGGCUAUACAUACUAUACAGUUAAUUAUACAACAGUUGGUAACACAAAGCCAUGCAUGUAAUGUAAAUACACAUAUGUAACACUGUUGACUACACAGCCAAGCAGGAUGCAGUGUAUAAACUUUAGUACACUUCACUACAUAAUGAUACUGGACACACCCAGCCUCGGAGCCGAAGAAAGGUAAAAAGCACAGUAGUAAAAAGACAAUGAACAAAGAUCUACAGUGAGGGAAAAAAAGUAUUUGAUCCCCUGCUGAUUUUGUACGUUUGCCCACUGACAAAGACAUGAUCAGUCUAUAAUUUUAAUGGUAGGAUUAUUUGAACAGUGAGAGACAGAAUAACAACAAAAAAAUCCAGAAAAACGCAUGUCAAAAAUGUUAUAAAUUAAUUUGCAUUUUAAUGAGGGAAAUAAGUAUUUGACCCCUCUGCAAAACAAGACUUAGUACUUGGUGGCAAAACCCUUGUUGGCAAUCACAGAGGUCAGACGUUUCUUGUAGUUGGCCACCAGGUUUGCACACAUCUCAGGAGGGAUUUUGUUCCACUCCUCUUUGCAGAUCUUCAAGUCAUUAAGGUUUCGAGGCUGACGUUUGGCAACUCGAACCUUCAGCUCCCUCCACAGAUAUUCUAUGGGAUUAAGGUCUGGAGACUGGCUAGGCCACUCCAGGACCUUAAUGUGCUUCUUCUUGAGCCACUCUUUUGUUGCCUUGGCCAUGUGUUUUGGGUCAUUGUCAUGCUGGAAUACCCAUCCACUACCCAUUUUCAAUGCCCUGGCUGAGGGAAGGAGGUUCUCACCCAAGAUUUGACAGUACAUGGCCCCGUCCAUCGUCCCUUUGAUGCGGUGAAGUUGUCCUGUCCCCUUAGCAGAAAAACACCCCCAAAGCAUAAUGUUUCCACCUCCAUGUUUGACGGUGGGGAUGGUGUUCUUGGGGUCAUAGGCAGCAUUCCUCCUCCUCCAAACAUGGCGAGUUGAGUUGAUGCCAAAUAACUCGAUUUUGGUCUCAUCUGACCACAACACUUUCACCCAGUUCUCUGAAUCAUUCAGAUGUUCAUUGGCAAACUUCAGACGUCCCUGUAUAUGUGCUUUCUUGAGCAGGGGGACCUUGCGGGCGCUGCAGGAUUUCAGUCCUUCACGGCGUAGUGUGUUACCAAUUGUUUUCUUGGUGACUAUGGUCCCAGCUGCCUUGAGAUCAUUGACAAGAUCCUCCCGUGUAGUUCUGGGCUGAUUCCUCACCGUUCUCAUGAUCAUUGCAACUCCAUGAGGUGAGAUCUUGCAUGGAGCCCCAGGCCGAGGGAGAUUGACAGUUCUUUUGUGUUUCUUCCAUUUGCGAGUAAUUGCAACAACUGUUGUCACCUUCUCACCAAGCUGCUUGGCGAUGGUCUUGUAGCCCAUUCCAGCCUUGUGUAGGUCUACAAUCUUGUCCCUGACAUCCUUGGAGAGCUCUUUGGUCUUGACCAUGGUGGAGUGUUUGGAAUGUGAUUGAUUGAUUGCUUCUGUGGACAGGUGUCUUUUAUACAGGUAACAAGCUGAGAUUAGGAGCACUCCCUUUAAGAGUGUGCUCCUAAUCUCAGCUCGUUACCUGUAUAAAAUACACCUUGGAGCCAGAAAUCUUUCUGAUUGAGAGGGGGUCAAAUACUUAUUUCCCUCAUUAAAAUGCAAAUCAAUUUAUAACAUUUUUGACAAUGCGUUUUUCUGGAUUUUUUUGUUGUUAUUCUCUCUCACUGUUCAAAUAAACCUACCAUUAAAAUUAUAGACUGAUCAUUUCUUUGUCAGUGGGCAAUCGUACAAAAUCAGCAGGGGAUCAAAUACUUUUUUCCCUCACUGUACUUGUUUGGCAAUAGGAUGGAAUUAUCCACAGUAAACGUUACAGUACCAGAUUACUAAUUCUGUGACAGGAAGGAUUUCGGUAUUUGACUUAAAUUCAGUGCACAUUUCUGUGAGUUUCCGCCUGAAAAGUAGCACUUCAUCUUGAAUCACUGGGUAAUUAUCUGAUGUAAAAAAGUCGCCCCUGCCUUUCAUGCCUCACGUCCCAUCCGAAAUUCCCUGACAGACAAAUAACCUGAGUUAGUUGAGAAGGGAAUCACCCCGGACUUAAACCAUCACUCGCUGCUGUCAUUGCUCAGUGAAAUAUCUGGCGAGCUACUCCUCACCAGCACGCUGAGGGGCAAUUGGAGAGACCACACGGCAACAAGGCAGCCUUUUGAUCUGACUAGACAGGAGCAGGGAGACCACAGGAGCCGCAAAACGGCAGGUAGCCCUGUCAGAACCCCUCUCUCUCUCCCUCUAUCCCUCUCUCUAUCACCCUGAUCCCAGUCGCCCCACCUGGCCCUCUCACGCUCCAUUGUUUACCCCCAGGGCUGACAAGCCCAGGACAUGAUGUCAGAAUUAAGAACCCCUCACCGCCCCCACUCCCCUCUCGCCCAAAGGUGCCACAAACACCUGCCUUCCGCCGCAGCUGGGGGAAUUCUGCAGCUAAAUAUAGCCAGAGAAUUCAAGCUAAACAAAUCUAAACAAAGGCGAAGAGAGCCGGUGGCAUUGCUCAGGUGAGCGCAGUGACUUCUGAGGGAAUUAGCUGCUGUACACUGCAAAGGCCUGCCUCUGUUUCACAGCUGCCUGAACCACACCUGAAGACUCAGCCAAGUAGCAUGUUGUUCUCAACCUACAAGUCGGUAGUCACUAGCCAGGUUAUUGGUAAGAACAGUUCAUCAAACGGACUGUCCGUUAGUAGACUAAACAAUGCAGGCAAUAGACACACAUGCCCCUAGACUAAACAAACUGACACCCAGACUAAAAAAAUCAACAUCAGACAAAAUUAGAAUUAAUAUUGACAAGCUACCAAUUGAAAUCACAUUUACACUGUGCUGAAAGAAAACAGGAUUAUUCUAUCAGUUUCUGAGCUGUUCCCUCUUCCUCUUUUUCUCUCAGACCAUCCUGGACCACAUGCACCUGCGCUGUAAAUGUCAUGGCCUGUCUGGCAGCUGUGAGGUGAAAACGUGCUGGUGGGCACAGCCCGACUUCCGCAUGCUGGGCGACUACCUGAAGGACAAGUAUGACAGCGCCUCAGAGAUGGUGGUGGAGAAGCACCGCGAGUCGCGCGGCUGGGUGGAGACGCUGCGCGCCAAGUAUGCCUUCUUCAAACACCCCACGGAGCGUGACAUGGUCUACUACGAGGGCUCACCCAACUUCUGCGAGCCCAACCAGGAGACGGGCUCGUUCGGCACCCGCGACCGCGCCUGCAACGUGUCCUCGCACGGCAUCGAGGGCUGCGACCUGCUCUGCUGCGGCAGGGGCCACAACACCCGGACUGAGAAGCGAAAGGAGAAGUGCCACUGUAUCUUCCACUGGUGCUGCUACGUCAGCUGCCAGGAGUGCGUGCGCGUCUACGAUGUGCACACGUGCAAGUGA